CGCGCGUGCACGCGCUCACACAAACACACGCACGCUCUCGUGUUCUCAUUCUCUGAUCAGACAGAGUUGAACUGGAGUGUUGUAUGUCCACGUUGAGCGGCUUCAUUAUGAACACAGAUUAUUUUUAAAUAACAGCCUGUGCAGCGCAGAGCGUCUGUUUUCAAAGAUUUUGAGAUGAAGAAGGACAUUGAUACGCUAAUAGCUGAAGAACGGGCUGAAAUCAUCGAAAAAUAUGAGAAGGGCAGGCAGGAGGGUGUGCACAUCAAGCCCUGGGAGGAUGCGGACUACAGCAUCUACAAGGUCACAGACCGCUUCGGUUUCCUGCAUGAAGAGGAACUGCCAACACCAUCCGCAGUGGAGGAGAAGUACAAACUCCAGGAGGUCGAAAGAGAGGAAAAAUGGGUUAAGAUGGUGAAAAAGUGGGAAAAGUACCACAACAGUGAAAAGAUGAUGAAGCGGGUAUACAAGGGGAUUCCCUUGAAGCUGCGCGGUCAGGCCUGGGCUCUGCUACUGGAUGUGGAAAAUGUGAAACAGGCAAACUUCAGGAAAUACGAGAAAAUGAAGGAACAAGCCAAGAAGUAUUCAACAGAAAUUAAGCAGAUUGAUCUUGAUGUCAACAGGACCUUUAGAAACCAUAUCAUGUUCAUGGAACGCUUUGGGGUCAAACAGCAAGCCCUGUUCAAUGUGCUGGCAGCUUAUUCGGUCUACAACACGGAAGUGAGCUACUGUCAGGGGAUGAGCCAGAUCGCUGCCAUUCUGCUCAUGUACAUGAAUGAGGAAGAUGCAUUCUGGGCCUUAUCACAGCUACUGACCAAUCAGAAACAUGCCAUGCAUGGAUUCUUCAUCCCAGGUUUUCCCAAACUCCACCGUUUUCAGCUUCAUCAUGACCAAAUAUUGUCCAAACUCCUUCCCAAACUCAGGAAACACUUGGAUAAGGAACAGAUGUCCACUGGUAUCUACACAACCAAAUGGUUCCUUCAGUGUUUUAUUGAUAGGACACCCUUCACACUCACUCUGCGUCUUUGGGAUAUCUACAUAUUAGAGGGAGAAAAGGUUCUUACCGCCAUGGCCUAUACUCUCCUCAAAUUGCACAAAAAGCAUCUUCUGAAGAUGUCUCUGGAGGACCUGAGGGAGUUUCUGCAGGACCGUAUUGUUUCCUCCUUCAGCAUGAGUGAUGAUGUUGUUAUUGAUCACCUACAAUCAUCUAUGUCAGAACUCCGCAGAAUGAAGCUUGACCUCCCUCCUCCAGCCAAGGGAGAUGAGUUCCCAAAAAUAACACUGGGUGAGGAGCGUCCAAUAAUGCUGCUUCCAGUGAUCCAGAAUGAAUCUGUACCCUUACCACCAGCCGCACACAACAAACAAACCUCAACCAAGCUUCAGGCGGAAGACACCACCACCCACAACCAGAGCAGCGAUAAACACAUCCCUACAAUUACCUCAUCUUCCCCUCUUUCAAAGCACACCCAAUCACCUUCCAACUCUUCACCAUCACAAGCUACACCUGAAGAUUCAGGGUCCACACUGAAGAAUCAAGACAGUGAACCUGUACAAAAGAAUCAUCUACUCCAUCCAGAACCUACACCAUUUUCGACAGAGACUCUUUUGUUGAAGGGUGAAUGUGUCAGUAGGCCCAUAUCAGCGGUGUCUGAAGAUUGGCCUCCUCCAUACCAGACACCCCUAACAGAUUGUUCCAGUAUCCACUCUUUGAAUCUCCCAGAAUUACCUCCUCCACCUCUUCCCUGCACAGAACAAGGGGUCGAGCUUUUACCUCUAGAAGAGGAUGUCCCGUUUUACCUUCCCCCACCUCCACCACCAAUUACCCAACCUUUGGAUCUUAUUUUAGAAGAUCCAUCUUCAUCACCUUCCUCAUAUAGAUCCUAUCGGCAGCUAAGCAAGUUUCCCGUCAACCUGUAUGUUCCGCCUUCCUCAGGGGACCGGCGACCUUCCAACACCUCGCAUUACGACAACCUCUCGGAAGAAGAAGAUCAGUCUGUGGAGAGGCUGUUGGAGAUAGCGGCCACAUUGCCACAAAACCCAAACUUGGGCCUCAAGAACACCACCCUUCCCCUUCCCUCAGAAGAUGCCAUGUCUCUUUCUCUACCACCCCCAUCUAUGUUAUUCUACACCCCUGACUCUUCACCACUCCCUCCACCUCCUCCAUGCAUUGAGGAGUCAAAACCUUGGGUGACUCCAGACUGCGUUUCCCCCCAACCACCUACCGGCUUCACAGAUAGACCCUUCCCCAUAUCUUCAGUCCCAUGCAAUCAGGUGGUUCUAAACCAGACUGAACAAGAUACGGGUCAGUCACAGCCCCCAAGACUACCGCCCAAAAAAUCACGACCCACAGUGCUCUCUCCUGUACACCCUGAUUCAGACUUCUACCGAAUGCAUGUUCCAAGUCACUAGUUGCUGGAAUAACCCUUACAAGGCAAGUACCAUUGUUAGUGUGAACUGAAGGCAUGUUUCCAUCUUUUGGACUUUUAUACUUCAGUGAUACGAAGUGAAUGUUUUUUAAUCUUUUAGAUGUUGUGAUUAUGUUGCAAUAUGUGCUAUAUAAGAACAGGAUGCUAGAAUGUGUGUUUGUGUUUUAUGAGUGUGUUUUAGGGAAGUUUGUUACAUUGAAAUCCCCUUGUCUACGGUGAAGCAUCUAGUGGUAGAGGUUAUCAUAUUCACCAUUUAGCGAGUUAAGUAACCAGUUUUCCGGGGAGUCUUAAUGUGUUUUGAAGAGAUAGCUUUAAUCAUUUUAGUAACUGAGAGGUUCAACUAUUGUUGACUUGAUAGAAGGCAAAAAGAUCUGAUUUGACAGAUUUUGCAUUUUUCAGGUUUUUCCAUUAGAUCAGUCAUUAUAAUUUCUCUGUCUUAUGUUUUGUGGGUUUAUUUUAUAUCUUGGUGCAAUUUGUUUUUGUUUCAUUUGAAACUUUGGUUAUAUUAUGAAAAAACACCUAAAGAAUGUGCAUCAUUAACAUUAAAUGUUAAGAUGUUUUUUUUGUUCCGUCAUAUUUACGAAAUGUAAACAAGGAUCUCACCACACCAACAAAAGUAGAAGUUCCCUGGUUACAGUAAUCUAAAGACAUUUUUCAGUGGUCCUUGAUUUGCUCAAAAGGGAAUUUCCUUUGAAAUUUCUUCAUAUGUAAACCUUAGUGCUAAAUACUGCCCUUUAGCGCCACCUUGUGUAAAUAAAGCCCAGCCUGGUCAACAUUUAUUUACUGGGAAAUACAGCCACCACAGUGAAUGUUAAAAUGAAGAAAUUGUAUAUUCAAGGUCAUUUCAUGGCUUUAUUGUGUAAUUGUAAAUAGAAUGUAUUUGAUUUGUACUUUGUUACUUGUAUUAAGAGCCUAUAUUUAAUUGCUUUUAUAUAUUGCUUCUCAGGUUAAAUUGGUGUUAACCCCAGUUUUAAAUGUAUUUUGGUUUAUGCUCAUUUGACUUUAUUUGCUUAACUAAAAAAGAAACAUGUCUUCAUUGCAACAAUGAGACAAUAGAUGGUAAAGUGGAGUGUUUUAUUUA